AUGCAAAAAUUAUCCGAGUUUUAUACCUACUCUAAGGAAAUGUCUACAUCCGUUUUUAAUAUUAAAAAACAGGAAGAAAUUAAACCCCCAAAAAUUGAAUUAAGUUGGAGAGAUAAAUUAUAUUUGGAAUAUGAAAACAUAAAAGCCAAGACAGGGGAAUAUUUAAGUGAUAAAAAAGGUUCUUGCAAAAAUAAAUUCAAUGAUAUAAGUUCGUGUACUUAUUUUAAAUUUGACAAUACGGAAGAUGCGCAUUCUCCAUGGUAUAAGAAAUUAUACUAUGCAGCAAAAAAUUAUUUUUACAAAUUGUUAGAUUUAAGUAAUCUGAAUAAAGGAUGGAAAAAUGAAGGAGAUGAAAAAGAAGAUGAAAUAGACAAAAAUGAAAACAAAAAAGAAGAAACCAAUGAUACCCAAACAAUUGAGAAGAAAAUAUCUAGAGAAUUUGUAAGUUAUGAAAAUAUCGAUUUUAAUAAAAAAAAACAAACAAACUUUGAUGAUGUAGUAUCAAAUAAGUAUUCCCAAAAAGGGAAAAAAAGAAAAGAAAAUGAUGCACGUUAUAUUUCAGAAAGAAGUCAAUCUGAAUUAGUUAAGAGAAGUACAUCAAUGAAUAGUGAUUGUAGUAUUGUCCAAAUGAGAAGUAGUGGUGUUAUAUUUAAUAAUUCAAAUACAAACAAUGAAAAAGAUAAUAUGAAUAAAACAUCCGAUUUAAUAAAUGAUGUAAAUGAACAUCAUUUUAGUAAUACAAAUGAAACAGAAAAAAUGGAUAUUAAAAAUAGUACUUCAAAUGAGGACUCAAUAAAAUCAGCUAACAUUACAAAUUCGACAAAAUUUAAUAUUAAAAAUACUUGGGAAAGAAUAAGUGGAUACAUUUCAUAG